UUUUCAAAGAUUAUUUUUGCUUUGUAUAAACAAAAGUUUUUUUGUAUAAAUCAGCAGUGUAUCACUAUCGAAAUUAUCUUGCUAUUGCGAAAAGGACAACCUUAAGUUUUCAGGAUUUUUCUUAAGUUUUGCGAUUUUGUAAAACAAUCAAAACACCGGCAUCAAAAACAUAAGUUGCCCUUAGUUACGCUAUGCCAUCUCCGAGCGUGCGCAGUGCGUUUUUCACCAGUGUCGGGGGAGACUACAUCAAUCCACGCUUCAUUACUCGGGAUUCCACGAUUACCCUCCCACGAUUAAACCACACAAGGAAGUCAACGACGAAUUAAAACGAACGGAAAUGGCGAGCGCCAAAUGUGAUAAAGUAUUCUGUGGUACCUUCGUUCACUCCAGCAAUGAAAAUCUGAUGCAAAUUCUUAUGAAUAAAGCGAUUGGUGUUGAUUCUUCAGGCAAGAUCAUUUUCUUCGACGACGAGUCGAGAAUUGUAGAUCUCCAAGAAAAGUUUUCGUUCACUACAGACCAAGUGACCUAUUUGUCUGGGCGAGAAUAUAUCAUUCCUGGUUUUGUCGAUACCCACAUUCACGCUCCUCAGUACAUCUUCACAGGAACUGGAUACGAUUUACCGCUUUUGGGCUGGCUUGAGAAAUACACUUUCCCUUCGGAGGCCAAGUUCAAGGAUGUAGACUUCGCCAAGAUGGCUUAUCGUAAAGCAGUUGAAAGAACACUCAAGAAUGGUACCACAACGGCAAGCUAUUUUGCGACGAUCCACUACGACGCUUGUACCGUGCUGUGUGAUCUUGUUGAAGAAUUAGGACAGAGGGCUUAUAUAGGGAAGGUCUGUAUGGAUAGAAAUGCUCCUGAGUUUUACGUGGAGAGUACACGACGGUCUGUUGAAGACACCGAAAGGUUCAUCAAGUAUGUGCUGGCUAAAAAUGACUCGCUGAUCACUCCUGUCAUAACCCCAAGAUUUGUUAUUACUUGUAGUGAAGAGCUUAUGAAAGGGCUUGGACAACUGGCUCAGAAGUAUCAACUGCCUAUACAAAGUCAUUUGAGUGAGAAUUUACGUGAAAUAAGAGAAGUUAAUGCCAUGCACCCAGACUCAUUGAACUACACUAACUUGUACAAAGAGAUGGGCCUACUAACUGAAAAGACAUAUAUGGCUCAUUGUUGCCAUGUCUCCCUCGAUGAGGUCAAAAUGCUUUCAGAAUGCAAAACUAGUGUAGCACAUUGCCCCAUGUCCAACUUUGAUAUCAGAAGUGGUGUUGCCGAUGUGAAACUCUUGACUGACCAUGGCAUUGAUGUUGGUCUGGGUACAGACAUCGCUGGGGGACACUCUCCCUCUAUGCUGAGUGCCAUCCAUAUGGCUAUCGUAGCUUCUAAUACCAUUCAAUUUACAAGGGGGGAUGACUACAAGCCCAUCAGCUACAAAGAAGCUUUCUACAUGGCUACCCUAGGUGGAAGUAAGGUCUUAGGGCUUGACAAUGUGAUUGGCAACUUCAUAGUGGGUAAACAGUUUGAUGCACUCUUGAUUGACACUGGUGCCAAAGACUCACCAUUUGAUGUUUUUGAAGAUGAUAGCAUAGAAGACUUGGUGCAAAAAUUUUUGUAUAUUGGAGAUGACCGCAACAUCAAGAAGGUUUUUGUCGCUGGAAAACUCGUCAGUGGCACUGCAAAAUAGUGCAAGUUUAAUUUUCAAUUGAGGACUGGUCAUUGAUUAGACCAUAGUUAAUAGAGUGGAAUGGUUGGGAAACCUAUUGUUCUAGGUGUUUGUUUGACUUUAUCCAUUGUUAUAUGACGUUGACCAUGCACAGAGAAGGAAAAGUUGCUCCGUUUGUUCAUAGUAUUUGGGAAUAUAGAAGUUUUCCCCCCUAAAAAAAGCAUUCUAAAAUACUCAUUAUUUGUUAAUUAAUGAUAUAUGAUAAAUACAAAUUGUUUAUUGAAAGGAAAAUUUCCUUUUUUCAUGCUUUCUUAUUUAUCAUCUAGUAACUUAACUGUAUCUGCAAGGAUCAAAAUGUUCAUACAUGAAAAUAAUAAGGAAAUGAGUAUUUUCAGCCAGGUGUCUUCCUUCUGGAUAUAUAUACAUUCAAUUAUAAAAUCUGCAAUCACUAUUUCUUUUAUUACAUAUUUGUACRAUUAUUGUUAAUAGAAUUUUGAAURCUUGUUACUAUAUUUCCAGAAAGGUAGAUUGAAUAAACUGAUUGAUUGAUUGAUUGAUUGAUACAACUUGCUUUAGUUCAUUGUGAAAAGUCAGUAUCACAUGAUGGUAUGGUUCAAUCUCAAACUCAAAACAAUAGCUUUGUUCUAUGGAGAUUCCAAACCAUUCCGCUCCAUUAACUAUGAUUAGAGAGGAGAAAAAUUAAUUGAUUGUGCAGAAAAAAUUAACGGCCAAUCAAUGAUUGAGAAAUAAGUAUCUUAAGUAUCUUGAAAUAAGUAUGUAGAUGUGGUAUUCACAAGAGAAAUGUUGACAAUGACUAAACACGCAAGCAUGUGAUACAUGUAGAAAUUAAUUCAAUACACAGAAAUUAAUUURAUAGAUGUAAGAAUUAAUAAAUGAUAUCAUGUUUGUCUCUCUUUGUCUCCCCGAUUAGUAGGGCACUUGCACAGAUAUAAUCAAAUAACUGGCAAAUCUUAUGUUUGUUCGUGUAUUUAUAU